UGAAAUGCCAAUUCUCCGCCUUGUUACUCGUUCCGCCUUCAUCUUAACCCAUGUUAACCAAUAGAGAGGCUGAAGAAGGUAACUUUUGUACCAAUCAGAAGCAUCUUAUUUAUAUUUUGAGCUGUAGGAAGGAGAAAGAGGAAGAUGAGAGGAUGAGGAUGAAGAUGAUGAUAGAGAUUAGAGUAAAGAAGGUAAAGAUGAUAAAAAGUAAGGUUUGAAUGAAGCAUCCCGAAGUAAGUUGAAAGGCGUAAACAAUUAAACUUGAAAGCUUGGAGCUGCGCUUGAGUGUGUUUCAAGUGUUGUGGCUUUUUUUGUGUGUUUUUGUGCUUCUAUCUGUUAUUUGCGUCAUUGUUGACUGUGUAUUUUGCAUGCUACAACAACGUCUAUGAACCAUAUAGUAGGUCUGGGAGUUUCAUCUUGAUCGCCUCAUCCUUUCCCUUUUUACACUUUAUUACAUUUCUUGUUCUUGUGCUCGUUUUCAAUCAUCCUUACCCGUUAUAUCUGAAUGCCCGGUUGAUAACCAAACAUCCAUAGUAACUUGAGAUACUGAAGAGACGAACACUUUUUGCUAGGGUUUGCUAGUGUUGGAGGAAGACUAGGAAUAAGAAGGAAAGAGGUGUUGAAAUUGCAAGAAUAGAGAGUUAAGUGAAGUGAAAAAAGUCAAGUGAAAUUGACUGAUUUUUAUAAUCUUUUGUUUUCACCAAUGAUUAGUUGAUUUGUUUUAUUUCAUAUUUCACUUGUCUUAGCACGGGAGAGUGAAUAUUCAAUAAUUAACAACGAUAAUAGCAAUUAAACAAGCUCCAUUUAAAACUAAGUCUUUUUCAUUAUCAAUUUACUAUUUUGUUUUGGUUUCCCUUUUCUCCGUCAUCUUAACAUUUUCACAUGUUUAUUUGUCAACAGGCCUCAUCAAUGAAUACAAUUGCCCGAGUUAAUCAAGCCCAUGGAGAGGUUAAUCAACUUGGAGGUGUAUUUGUUAAUGGGCGACCUUUACCAAGUGAAAUACGGAAUAAAAUUGUUGAACUGUCCCAUCUUGGAGUGCGCCCUUGUGACAUAAGUAGACGUCUAAAAGUAUCCCAUGGUUGUGUCUCCAAAAUAUUGGCUCGUUAUGCCGAAACAGGAUCAACUGCUCCAGGUAACAUUGGUGGGUCAAAGCCUAGAGUCAGUACCAAAGAAGUUGUCGCUGCCAUUAGACGAUUGAAAAAGAAUGAUCCAGGAAUAUUUGCAUGGGAAAUUCGUGAAGCUCUUCUAAAAGAGGGAACUUGCCAUCAAUCAAAUGUUCCUUCCGUAAGCAGCAUAAGUCGAAUACUAAGAGCGGAAAAGAACAGUUUAUCAUCUUCUUCGGUUUCUUCUGUAUCAUGUUCUUCAUCAUCACCAUUAUCAUCAACAACAAAUUUAUCUUACACGAAUGGUUAUGUGAGCUGUAAACGAGGACCACCACCACUUGCACACCAUCAUACCCAUCACCCUCACCAUCAUCACCAUGCAUUACCUCUUCAACAUCACCAUCACCAUCAUCCUUAUUCAAAUAGUUUAACUCAUCAUCACCAUCACCAUCAAUCGACACCAUCAAAUUCAAUCAUCCAUAAUAGUCCAGAGUCACUUUCACCUUCCGGAUCAAGUCCAUCUUUUUACAAUUCACUCUAUUCAAGUUACCCUUAUCCUGGAUCGGGUAAUAUCGCCCAUUCCAUGGAUUCACCAUCCCUAACAGCUUCACCUCAUCCCAUUUCAUCUGGAUCUUCAGCCUCAGGUCAUCCUCAAACCAAUUCACCUCCAUCUUCAACCUCACCCUGUUCAUCGUCAACCUCAGCCUCUGUCGUUGCCACAGCUGCUGCAGCUACAAUUGCCUAUCACAACAUGUCGAAAGCCUUUUCAACUGUUGAAGCUUCGGCUGCUGCUUUAUACACUCCUGUCUAUCCCGGUUUCACUUGUGCAGCCAGUGGAGUUGCUGCUGCAGCGGCUGCAGCGGCUGCUUGUGGUCACACACAGAUACCUAAUCAACCACCGCCGGGAACAACACCUGAUACAACUAAUUUUGCCUUACACACCAUGAAUAGAGCUUUUAAUUCAGUUGAUCUGGCUAAUGCAAUGAGAAAUCCUUGGCCUUCUUCACAUACAGUAACCAAUCUCUUGGCAGGUUAGUUAACUGACAAUUUAGUCUCAGUAGUUGAAAGUAUAAAAAAAGCGCUCGUUUUAUUAUGCCUUUUAUCAUUUUAACGAACAAUAUUUUUUAGCUUUUCACUCAUAUUUGCAACCAUCUUAGCAUUUAAAACCUCAAUUUACAUCCUAAUUUAGUUAGGGUAAACAAACACUGCAAGAAAAAUUUAGUAAAAUUGCGUGAAAUUUACCGCAACUUUAGGCUUGACUCCGUUCACUGAUAUCAUUAUCCUUUUAGGCCUUAAACAAACGCAAAAUUUUGUAUUUCUAGCCUUACCAAUGUUGUAAUGAAAAAUUAAAAAAUAAAAAAUAAAAAGUUAAUGAAUUCAUUAAAUAAA